GUCACACGCAUGACAAACACUUAAACACUUUCCUCCCCUGCAGCAUUGACACUGAGGAGAAGGGUUCCUAUGAACCCAUGCCGUGUUCAUACACGGAUUAAAUGGCUGCAAAAGGGGCUGUAACAUGAGCAUCUGUGCACACUAGCCGGAUUUGAAGAUGACGGGCCAGGUGGCGGAGAGAGAUCGAUCACCUCACAAUCUCUCUGUGAAGACCACCUUAAACGAGGAGAUUGAGAGAGCCGAAAGUAUUCUUAGCAGGGUGGCGUCAGCUUGUGAUGACACAUCCUCAGAGCUGCAAAGAGUCUCUGCUCUUGACCCCCAUGGAGGGAAUUCCAGAAAUUCUUUUCAAAGGAGGGGAGCUGUCUCAAGACUGGUGGGCCUGGUGGUGAGACUGAGGGAAUGGGCGCACAGGAGCCUGUUAGAUGAGGAGGAGCGACCAGACUCCUUCUUGGAACGCUUUCGUGGCCCUGAGCUGAGAACGGCGCCCAGCCGUAUCAGCAAUGCACAGCCAGAUGUCAAUGGCAACACUGCUAAAGGGAUCUCUAGGAAAAAAUGGAAUUUGUUUGUGGUUUCUCCAUCUGAUGAUGCCUACUACCGCUGGUUAUUCGUUAUCGCAGUAGCGGUCCUGUACAACUGGUUCCUUGUUGUGGCGAGGGCAUGCUUUGAUCAGUUACAGGUAGAAAACUACAUCUGUUGGCUGGUGUUAGACUAUCUCUCAGACCUCGUGUACAUAAUGGAUACUUAUGUCAGACUUCGUACAGGGUUUUUGGAACAAGGCCUGCUUGUUAAGGACCAUGCCAAACUCAGAGACAGCUAUGUCCCCACACUUCAGUUCAAACUCGACGUGGUUUCCAUCCUGCCCACUGACCUCGUUUACAUAGCCACAGGGAUCAACACACCACAGCUUAGAUUCAAUCGUCUGCUCCGCUUUCCACGCAUGUUUGAAUUCUUUGACCGCACUGAGACACGUACAAACUACCCCAACAUCUUUCGAAUUUGCAACUUGGUGCUUUACAUCCUGGUCAUCAUUCACUGGAAUGCCUGUAUCUACUAUGCUAUUUCCAAAUCUUUGGGACUUGGUUCAGAUUCUUGGGUAUACAAAAACAUUUCCACUCCUGAUACUUCCCCCCUGACUCGGAGUUAUGUGUAUUGCCUGUACUGGUCGACCCUUACUCUUACCACCAUUGGAGAGAUGCCUGCACCAGUACGAGAUGAAGAGUACCUAUUUGUUGUCUUUGACUUUCUUGUUGGGGUCUUGAUCUUUGCAACAAUUGUGGGAAAUGUAGGCUCCAUGAUUGCCAAUAUGAAUGCUACCCGUGCAGAGUUUCAAGCUCGGAUUGAUGCCAUCAAACACUACAUGCACUUCCGAAAAGUCAGCAAGGAACUUGAGACACGUGUCAUUAAAUGGUUUGAUUACCUCUGGACCAACAAGAAAGCAGUUGAUGAGCAGGAGGUGCUAAAGAACUUGCCAAAUAAGCUGCGGGCAGAAAUUGCUAUCAAUGUUCACCUAGAGACCCUGAAAAAAGUACGUAUUUUUAAAGACUGUGAGGCAGGACUGUUGGUGGAGCUCGUCCUCAAGCUGAGGCCUCAAGUCUUUAGUCCAGGGGACUACAUUUGCCGGAAAGGUGAUAUAGGAAAAGAGAUGUACAUCAUAAAAGAAGGGAAACUGGCUGUGGUGGCUGAUGAUGGUGUGACACAAUACGCUCUCCUGACUGCUGGCAGCUGCUUUGGGGAAAUCAGCAUUUUAAACAUUAAGGGGAGUAAAAUGGGGAAUCGUCGGACAGCUAACAUCCGCAGCAUUGGCUACUCUGAUCUAUUCUGCCUCUCUAAGGAUAACUUGAUGGAGGCAGUAACUGAGUACCCAGAUGCUAAGACAGUGCUGGAGGAGAGAGGCCGGGAGAUCCUGAUCAAGGAGGGUCUGCUGGACGAGAACGCAGAGAGCGGGGGCCUGGAGAAAGAGGAUGUAGAGGAGAAAGUGGACAGACUGGAGUCAUCUCUGGACACCCUGCAGACCCGCUUUGCUCGUCUGCUUAAUGACUACGCAGAGACUCAACAACAGCUGAAGCAGCGUAUCACUCUGCUGGAGAGGCAGCUGAAUCAAACAUGUUGUGGCGCUUUGGUGGACAGUGACAUAGGUGCAAAAUCUGAGCAGGAUCAUGAACCUGGUCCUGUUGCCUGAAGUCUCCACAUGG